GUUGCACGUGUUGGUGCUGGGGUCUUUCUUCUUCUCCAACUUAUAAGUAUGAUCCGCUUCCUUAAAUGGUGCGACAACCAGUGGAUGGCAGAUUUGGAAACAAACAAAUGUGCCUUGCUUGGAUUGUUCUUGUCCACCAUUUUCUACAUUGCUUCUUUCUUUGGGAUUAUUCUGAUGUACUAUUUAUAUGCACUGGAGUCAACUUGUGUCAUCAACAUAUUCUUCAUCACAUGGACAGCAAUAUUGGUUAAAGUUAUGAUGAUAGUAUCUCUACAUUCUAAGGUUAAUGUGGGACUUUUAUCUUCUGCAAUCAUGGGUUCAUACAUUGUUUUCCUUUGCUGGUCUGCUAUUCAAAGUGAACCUCAUACCCAGAAAUGCAACAGUCAAAAGAAAAUGGCCGACAGAGAUGACAUGACUACUAUACUAAGCUUCUUUAUUGCUAUUUGUGCGAUUGUAAUGGCAACAUUUUCAACUGGAAUCGAUUCACAAUCUUUUCAGUUCCGCAAGGAUGAGGUUCCAUCUGAAGAUGAUAUACCUUACAAGUAUGAGAUAUUCCAUUUCAUAUUUUCGAUGGGAUCAAUGUAUUUUGCGAUGUUAUUCAUUAACUGGGAACUAAAACAUCCAACCAGAAAGUGGAGCAUAGAUGUUGGUUGGGUUAGCACAUGGGUUAAAAUUAUCAAUGAAUGGCUUGCUGCCAGCAUAUAUUUGUGGAAAUUGAUCUAUCCUGUUAUAGUGAGGGACACGGCCAUAUGCUGUAAUGAAUCUGCACAGCAUGUUGAUGUGUUAGUAUGAUGUCUCUGCAAUGUGUCCUGCUCUUCCGGAGUGUCUCUCAAGUUGACAACCAUAAUCACAGCGCCUCGUAUGUUUCGAUUUUUCCUUCAUACUGACAAUUGUGUAUUAU